AAAAAAGAAACCCUAGUUACAGUGGCCUCCCCCACCACCCACUUAUUGUUGCCGUCCGUUCGUCUAACUGUCGCCGCCGGUCGCGCGAUUGCCACCUGGUUCGUCGUGCUCGAAGGCCCGCCACAAGUUCGCCAAAGCCAGAAUCUCCAGGUCCUGCUACGCGGCUCUUCGCCCGUCGUCCUCCGUCGCCAGCGUUCUUCGCCAGCUUCCGUCGUCCGUUACUCUCCCCUCGCCGAAGCUUCUGUUCUCCUACCGCUCUGAUCAUGGAUGCGAUCAUGGAGCUCGGCUUUUUCUCGAGCACUGUCUCGGCCACCUUGCAGCUUGUUAAGAAGGAGCUAUUUGUUAUACUUGGUGCUGACGAAGAGCUGAAGAAGCUGGAAAGGACCCUGCUGAAAGUUCAGGUUCUUUUUGAUAGUGUGAAAGCAAUGCAGCACUACCCUCUCGAUUACAAGAUGCAGCAACUGUGGCUUCAUGACACUCGGUGUGUGUUACUUGAUGCUGAGGACUUAAUGGAUGAGAUUGCCUUGGCAAUCUCAAGAUUUACUCCCGAUGACCUCAUUGAGGGUGAUGAAAAGCAGUUGAGAAACUCUGUCUUAGGUAGUCUUAAGCUUAAUAUUCCAUCCUCCAUUGUUAAGAUGAGAGAGCAACUGGAGGAUAUUGAGAGGAAGGCGGAUGCCAAUUUUAUGAAUGAGUUGUACAGAAUCAACCAAUUUCAAUCUAUAAGCAAGCUGCAAUCCAGUUCCCUGGUAGAUGCAUCCUGUGUAAUUGGAAGGGAAAAUGACAUGGAAGAAAUUCUAUCGUUGUUGGCUAAUGACAUGACGAAUGAAAAUUUUUCAGUCAUUGCAUUAGUGGGAAUGAUGGGAGUAGGAAAAACUACACUAGCCCAGUUUGUCUACAACAAUGAUCGUGUGGCCGACAAUUUUGAAUUAAGAAUCUGGAUCUCAAUUUCUGGUGAUGAAGAUGCAAAAAGAAUUACAAGAUCGAUUGUUGAAGCUGUUUGCGAGAAAAGCUUUGAGUCGUCUGAUAUGGAUCAAAUUCAAGUUACACUUCGAAAGGUACUCAGGGAAAAGAAAGUUUUAAUUGUACUCGAUGGUAUGUGCAAUGAAGAUGAAAAUGAUUGGGAGAUUCUUUGCUUGCCAUUCAAUGUUGCUGCUAAGGGGAGCAAAAUUUUGGUUACUACACAAAGUAUGCUUGUUUCAGAGAUGGUUGCUACUGUUCCUAUGUACCAUGUGCGCACUUUGUCUGAUCAAGACUGCUGGAGAAUAAUAGAGAAAGGAGCAUUCUCAAGGCUUAUUCCGGAUGAUUCCAAACGCUCGGUGUUGGAGGAAAUUGGAUUCAAAAUUGCACAAAAAUGCAAUAAAUUACCAUUGAUCGCAAAGAUGUUUGGAAAUGUUUUGCGGUUUAAUCACGAUGAAAAGAAGUGGGAAGCCAUAUUGAAAAGCAAACUAUGGGAACUUCCAGCAUCUCGAAAUAUACUAUCAGCAGUGAAAUCGAGUUAUGACCGGUUGCCUUCCUAUUUGCAAAGAUGUUUUGCUUAUUGUACCAUUUUUCCUCCAAAUCAUAAAUUCAGCAGACAUGAGUUGGUCAAGUUGUGGGUAUCUGAAGGCUUCAUUCAACAAAGCGGAGUAAGAAGUGCACAAGAAAUUGGUGGAGAAUAUUUUGAUAUCCUGGUUCAGAGGUCAUUUUUUCAACUCUCACCAGUGGAUCACGGUAACCAUCAAGUAUUUAGAAUGCAUAACCUCAUUCAUGAGUUUGCUGAAUUUGUUUCUGAUGGGCUGUGUAUUAGAGUGGAAGAUGGCAUGUCAUCGCCAAUUUCCAAUUUUAAAGAUGUCAGACAUGCAUCUUUAAUCUGUGACGACGUUCAAACAGAACACUUGAACAUUUUUAGUAAAUGUGAUCGAAUGAGGACUCUUAUUUUGUUUUCUAAGGGUGGUGUUACCCCUGUCAACAUCCCUAAUGAUUUCUUUGGCAAAAUCAAUUUCAGUUAUUUGAGGGCUCUAAACUUGAGUUUUUCCAAGAUCAGAGAGAUACCUGAAAUUAUUGGGACAGCAAAACACAUGCGCCAUCUUGAUGUGUCUAGCACUUCUAUUAAGAAGCUACCUGAAUCAAUUACAAAUCUGAAUGGGAUGGAAACGCUUAAGCUCAACCACUGCAUCUACCUACUUGAAUGGCCCAAGAACAUGAAGAAUCUUACAAACCUUCAGCACCUCGAAAUUGACCUGGAUACACUGAAGCGGAUGAAAUCUAUGCCAUCCGAGUUAGGAAAAUUGAUAAAUUUACAAGGUUUAUCUGCAUUCAUGGUGGCUAAGGAAAAAGGACGACGCAUAGAGGAACUCAAAGAUAUGAAUUAUCUGCAUGGGUCCUUAUGCAUAACUAAGCUUGAAAAUGUCUCUGAUGCAACAGAGGCUGCCACAGCCAACUUGCAAGAAAAGUCAUAUUUAGAUACGUUGGAGCUGCAAUGGACUGAUGCUAAAGAUGACAGAGAAGGUGUGUUAGCCAAACUUGAACCUAACGAGAAGAUCAAAUAUUUGACCAUAGAAGGAUAUGGUGGCACCUUGUUUCCAGGUUGGAUAGGCAGCCCAAAAUUUUCAAAGAUCGAGAAGAUUAUUAUAAAAAAUUGCAUUUGUAUGGUUUUCCCGUUUCUUGGCCAUCUUCCAAUGCUGAAUGAUCUUCAUAUUGAAAAGAUCAGUAAAUUGCGGUACGUUGACUGUGAGCCUAAGGGAGACUCUCCUAGUUAUCAGUCUUUGCGAGCUCUUACAGUAUGCAAUAUGCAAGACUUAAAAGAGUGGGGGGUGUUGCAGGCGGGUGACAUGGCUAAGCUUGAGAAAAUAGAAUUUUCGGAAUGUCCCGAGCUUAAAUGCUUACCAAGGGGACAACUACCAAGCUCGGUGAAAUGUUUAAUCAUCAGAAAUUGUAACAAUUUAAAAGCUCAAUGUAUGAUCCCUGGGAGUGAAGAUUGGAACAAGAUACAGUCAAUCCCUAAAGUUGAGAUUGACUAGGAGGAUUGGCAGCGCAACAUCUGAUAUAGGACAGAUAAAUGCCAGCCUUGUUGGAUGGAGAAUAUGCUGCAGCAAGUAACUCUCUUUAUUGGCCUAAAAUCAAUGAAAGACUCGUAGGAUUAUCAGAUGCUGUGAUGAAUAACAGUUGCCCUGUACUUAAAUGAACUUGCUGAAGCAGAGAUGCUUGUCAAAGAAAGAAAAGGUUGAAGCAUUUUGGUUUGUGAUUAUCGUUGUUGCGCUAGAUGCAGGGAGCAAUUAUUGGUACUACAAGAGUACAAGGCAUGUAAAAAUUGUUUCAAAAAAGUAGAUAUUGGACAAGAAUGUUAUUGAUUUUGAUUAGAUAAGCUGUGGUUACCAUGUGAAUUUCAAACUCCAUUUAAAGUUGCAUAUACUAUUUUGGUUUCUUAGUUAAAAUCUAUGGUAUGCACCAUAGCCAUAGGUGUAGACUUGAAUCGAUUA